AAUUUUUUUUUUCUCCUUUUUCGAAUUUUUUUGCGCCGACCCACUUGUUUUUGCUUGUGUUGAUUUUCACCAAAUUGCCUUUCAAUGGCCAUCUGCAGCACUCAUCUCCUUACCGUGUCAGGCCUGUGUAACUGACAUAACCGCUCGCCCGUUCUGUAGCAUCAUCAUUUCAUUACGCACGCGCGAACAAUUUUCUUCGCUUAGCUACCUCAAAAAGUUUCACGCCAUCAGCUUUUCCCCUUCAAAAUGAAAAAAUAGACUUCCUUUGGACCGCCCAAAUCAAGAAGACGAUUCUUCUGCUUUCUGCGUCAACCCUCACUCCUCUCUCUUCUUUUGUUCGUGCUUUUCUCUUUAUUCUUUUUAAAGAGAUAUUGAUUUGGGUUUUACAUUAAGUGUAUUUUCCCAAAAAAUGGCCCUGCAACAUUUUCAAAUUGCAGGGGAGAUAUUAAUUAUUUUUCUUAUUCUUAUUUGGAACGCUGUAAUUCAAAUUGGCGGUGAAAUUCCGACGACCCUUGAGGGGCCGUUUAUUCCGGUAACUGUGCCGUUGGAUAAAAGUUUCAGGGGACAUGCAAUUGAUUUGCCCGAUAACGAUCCCAGAGUCCAAAGAAACGUUACAGGUUAUGGGCCUGAGCAAAUUUCAGUUUCCCUAUCCUCCACUUAUGAUUCAGUCUGGAUUUCUUGGAUUACAGGGGAGUUUCAAAUUGGCAAUAACAUAAAACCAUUGAGCCCGAAAACUGUUGCAAGUGUGGUUCACUAUGGAAAGUUGACAUAUCCUAUGACUCUCGAAGCCAAGGGGCAAUCGCUCGUUUACAGUCAACUAUACCCUUUUGAGGGCCUCCAGAAUUAUACUUCUGGGAUUAUUCAUCAUGUCCUUCUUACAGGUCUUGAGCCGAACACAUCAUAUCAGUAUAUGUGUGGGGACCCAUCAAUACCUGCAAUGAGUGGGAUUUAUCAUUUCAAAACAAUGCCGGCUUCUUGUCCUAAAAGCUACCCAAGUCGUAUAGCCGUUAUGGGAGAUUUGGGCCUUACAUACAACUCUACUUCCACAGUCGAUCAUUUGGUGAGCAAUAACCCGGAUCUUAUUUUGUUGGUUGGGGACGUGAGCUAUGCUAACAUGUACCUCACAAACGGGACUGGCUCUGAUUGCUACUAUUGCUCGUUUGCGGAUACUCCUAUACAUGAAACCUAUCAACCACGUUGGGAUUAUUGGGGAAGGUUUAUGCAGCAAGUAAUAUCUAAAAUUCCAAUAAUGAUGGUGCAAGGGAACCAUGACAUAGAAGAACAGGUUGAAAAUAAAACUUUUGCUUCCUACAGUUCUCGAUUUGCAUUUCCAUCAAAUGAAAGCGGAUCUUCUUCUCCAUUCUAUUAUUCUUUUAAUGCGGGUGGGAUACAUUUUAUAGUCCUAGGCGGAUAUGUUGCCUACAAUAAAUCAGACGAUCAAUACAAAUGGCUGCAAAAGGAUCUGGCGAAAGUUGAUCGAGAAGUGACUCCAUGGUUAGUUGCCACAUGGCACCCGCCUUGGUACACCACUUUCACGGCACACUACAGAGAGGCUGAAUGUAUGAAAGUAGCUAUGGAGGAUUUACUUUACAAGAAUGGUGUGGAUAUAGUCUUCAACGGACACGUAAGACUUGUAUAUAAAUGA